AGUUGCUACGUCAUUUUACAACAAUUAACUACCAGUUGUUUAUUGUACAUUUUGAAAAAAAAUCUGGAAGUGUAUUAGAAUAUUAUGCUGUAAACAUUCUUUGAUAAAUCUAUUCUUUAGACAUAAAAUAAAAUGAGCACUCUCCGUGGUUGCUGGAGGACGCACACUGGAGAGAAACCGUAUUUAUGCGACGUGUGUGACAAGUCGUUUUCUCAAAGAGGUACUCUGGAAUAUCACCUUCGGACGCACACAGGAGAGAAACCGUAUCCAUGCGACGUGUGUGAGAAGACGUUCGGGAGUAGUAGCACUUUGACAGAGCACAGACGGACGCACACAGGAGAGAAACCGUAUCCAUGCGACGUGUGUGACAAGACGUUCGGGAGUAGUAGCACUUUGACAGAGCACAGACGGACGCACACAGGAGAGAAACCGUAUCCAUGCGACGUGUGUGACAAGACGUUCGGGAGUAGUAGCACUUUGACAAAGCACAGACGGACGCACACAGGAGAGAAACCGUAUUCGUGCGACGUGUGUGACAAGACGUUCGGGAGUAGUAGCACUUUGACAAAGCACAGACGGACGCACACAGGAGAGAAACCGUAUCCAUGCGACGUGUGUGACAAGACGUUCGGGAGUAGUAGCACUUUGACAAAGCACAGACGGACGCACACAGGAGAGAAACCGUAUCCAUGCGACGUGUGUGAGAAGACGUUCGGGAGUAGUAGCAAUUUGACAAAGCACAGACGGACGCACACAGGAGAGAAACCGUAUCCAUGCGACGUGUGUGACAAGUCAUUCUCUCAAAAAAGUAUUCUAGAAAAUCACAUUCGGACGCACACAGGAGAGAAACCGUAUUCAUGCGACCUGUGUGACAAGUCGUUUUCUCAAAGAGGUACUCUGGAAUAUCACCUUCGGACGCACACAGGAGAGAAACCGUAUCCAUGCGACGUGUGUGAGAAGACGUUCGGGAGUAGUAGCACUUUGACAAAACACAGACGGACGCACACAGGAGAGAAACCGUAUCCAUGCGACGUGUGUGACAAGACAUUCGGGAGUAGUAGCACUUUGACAGAGCAUAGACGGACGCACACAGGAGAGAAACCGUAUCCAUGCGACGUGUGUGACAAGACGUUCGGGAGUAGUAGCACUUUGACAAAGCACAGACGGACGCACACAGGAGAGAAACCGUAUCCAUGCGACGUGUGUGACAAGUCAUUCUCUCAAAGAGGUACUCUGGAAUAUCACCUUCGGACGCACACAGGAAAUAAACCGUAUCCAUGCGACGUAUGUGACAAGUCAUUCGGGAGUAGUGGCACUUUGACAGAGCACAGAUGGACACACACAGGAGAGAAACCGUAUCCUUGCGACGUGUGUGAGAAGACGUUCGGGAGUAGUAGCAAUUUGACAAAGCACAGACGGACGCACACAGGAGAGAAACCGUAUCCAUGCAGUGUGUGUAAUAAGUCGUUCACUCGAAAUUACAGUCUGACGAUUCACUUACGGACGCACACGAGUGAGAAACGAAAGAAGCAAGGGCACAAAGCAAAAACAAAGUGUAAUAGUCAAUACACUUACAGUGUUGAUUAGACAACUGAAGGUGAGUGCAAGCUUACUGAUUUUUUGUAGACAUGUCAAAAAAGGUCAAGACUCUAUUCAGUAUGUGAUUGCGACCAAACUGAUACAUACUAUUGUCGUUAAUAAUAUUUUAUUCGUUCAAUAAUCGACAUCACGCCAGAUUAAUAAUAUAAGUAAGUUUAAGAUGAUGUGCAAAAGUGAAUGUAACAGAAAAU